UGGAUUGGAAAAGCAAUAACGGGUGCAGAUGAGUUACCAUGGCUGCGAAUGGUGCGAGCAUGAUGCAGCGGUGCAGCGUGGCUGCGCGGUGGUUCAUGAAGGCGGAGAGUGCGGCAGCUUCGGCGGUGGCGCCUCAAUUGUGUGGGCGCGGGGACAAGAAGACGAAGAAAGGGAAGAGAUUCAAGGGAUCCUACGGUAACGCUCGGCCGAAGAAAGAGAAGAUGAUAGAGCGCAUAAAGGACAAGGUGGAAGUUCCCAGGUCUACACCUUGGCCUCUUCCUUUCAAGCUCAUCUGAUGUCCAUUUCAUUUUAGGGUUUGCUGCUCAUAAAUGUACUUUCACUACUAUUUUCUAUUCAAUACUUUUCUUUACUCUUGGUUUUCCCUUUCUAUUAAUUUUGAGUAGGGUUUCACAUCUAAAAUUCCCUCCCAAACUAAAAGUAAUUCUAAUGCUGGUUGCUUUGUAAUAGACAUGUUCUUCCCUUAAUUAUGCAAAUGGUCAAAUGAUCUUAUUUAGGA